UCUAUCGCGAGGGCGUUCUCAUCCCAGAUUCGACUCGCGCGCCUCUUCGGUCGCAUGUCUCAAUUCGCGUCCGCCGAAGAUGACGGACCAGCCAACACCGACGAGCGCCCCACUGCCACAACGAUUGCAACCGGAACCGCAGCCAGAACUGCCGCAGCCAGAACCGCGACCUGCGCCGCAACCCACACCGCAGCCAGACGCGGUGGCUGCCCAGUACCCUUCCCCCCUAAUCCCGGCCCUCCAGGAUGAGGACGAUGUGCGGACGGGGCUGCACUUAAGCCCGAUGAGCAUGAAUUUCGACGACGCCUUCGACGACGUAGACUCCGCCCUGGGAGACGAUGCCGCUAGCAUCGCCCACUCCGUCACCGCGAGCAUCCUGGAGUACCGCACCAUCAUGGGCCGGACGUACCACAGCGAGAGGCACGAUUCCAAGUACUUCACGCCGAAUGACGAGCAGCAGAUGAGGUCCCAGGAUCUAACGCACCACUACUUAACGCUUCUAUUGGAUAACAAGCUCUUCCUCGCGCCUGUGGGGGAGGACAUGAAGAGAGUGCUGGAUGUCGGAACUGGGACCGGAAUAUGGGCCAUCGACAUGGGAGACCGGUACCCGGGGGCCGAGGUGACGGGGACGGACCUAUCGCCGACGCAGCCGCCGUGGGUGCCGCCAAACGUGCGGUUCCGGAUCGACGACUGCACUCAGGACUGGUCCCUGCCUGCCGACGCCUAUGACCUCGUCCACCUGCGCUACCUCUUCGGCGCUGUCGCCGAUUGGCGCCACCUCCUCCGCAACGCCUUCCGCUGCUGCCACCCGGGCUCCGGCUGGGCCCAGUCCGUCGAAUGCGACGUCAUUAUCUGCUCUGAUGACGCGUCCGUCCCUGAAGGCGGCGCCAUUGAGACCUUCUGGAAUCCGCUCUGGCGCGAGAUGACGAAAAAUUUGGGCAUUAGUUUCCAGGUCCUCGAGGAGAGACUCCAGAUUGAAGCUUUCGAGGAGGCCGGAUUUGUAGAUAUCACGGAGGUCAACUUCAAGCUUCCCGUCGGCGGGUGGCCUCGAGAUCCGAAACUAGCGGAAGUGGGAGAGUUUGUGCUAUUAACCAUGAUAAAUGAUCUAGAAGGCUAUACUCUCUUACCCUGGAACAUUAUCCACGGCGAGAAUACGCCGGGCUACAGGGAGAUCCUAUACCGCUUACGUAGAGAGCUGAGAUCUAAAUCGAUGCACGGGUACAUGAAGGUCCGGUAUAUGUACGGUCGGAAGCCGGAACACGCUUAGGUUGGAUAUCUGCUUCGUUUCGACGUGUCGAACAUACUCAUAUCCCGAGCUGUUCGGGGUGUUCGGGACGCCGCGUGUGUCGAACAUACUCAUAUCCCGAGCUGUUCGGGGUGUUCGGGACGCCGCGUGCUCCCGUUCUGUUUACAUCACUGACACAGGCAUACUUGGGGUUAUCGGUUUUUAAUUUGUUUUGGGAUAGAACAUAGAGAUACUAUCCCUUCGAUGAAUACCUAGAUACGGCGCAUUCGUUCAUAUUCCUAUUUCCGCGGUUCUUUGCUCUGUUUUUCAAGCAGGCCCGUCAUCAAGCGGC